GAAAGAUCGUCACUGCCCAAAAGAUGAUUUGUGGCCUCAGGCAUUGAUAGCUAAUCUGAAUUUUUGGCUAGCGCAUCAACUCAAUGUUGAUAUCAAAAUGCGGAGAAACCAUUUUUGAUUUCGCAGCAGCCACAAACAUGCCUCCACGAUUGAACUUCUACAGCGCAAGCAGGUCACUGACCAUUCGACCACGAAUAAUUGUCGCACCUAGAAAUCCUGCUUUCUUCAAAAUUACCCCGGCAGCACGUCGAGGUUUCGCUGAGGAGAAGCAACCUCCAAGAAAUGGUUCUGAUGAAGAUGUAGCUGGCCACGUCAGCGAGGAGGCAAGAGAUAUGGCUGAAAUUACUGGAGAGACUCCUCCUGAUAUGGGAAAAACCACAAAUGUUCAAGAGGUAUUUACUUUGAUUUGUAGAGAUCAAUCUACCAAUCAUAUUUAUAAAGAAAUGAAGAAUUGUGAAAGUAGAGAAUUGCAGUUACUAACCAUGUUCAUAGAUUCUUAAGAGAGAUCAAGAAGGAACGGACAAAGCCCCAGAGGUUAUCAAGGAAGAUAUCAAAGACACACAAACUGCCGCUGCUCUGUCCCAAGAAAUCUCCUUCGCCAAUCUUAUGGCUCUUGGCCGUCUCGGUCAUUUGGAAAACGGCGCUGACCCCUCCGAUCUCACAAUCGACGGACACAAAUUUGGACUUCCAGAACUACCUAUUCCUUCCAACAACAAUCUCAAAUAUAGAUAUGAUCCAGUGGUUUCACAGGUUACGAAUAUGAUGAUGCAGCAUGGCAAGAAGAGCGUUGCCCAGAGGGUAGGCUAGUUAGUUCUUUCCUUUUGCGUUGCUUGCUACGCAUGGGAUUUACGUUUUUCAUAUUGCAGAAUGAAUUGCUAAUUUACCAUUUUCUUCAUCGCAGAACAUGUCUUACAUAUUAAACCAUCUCCGCACCGCUCCACCACCUACGCCCAACCCCUCCAAACCCCUCCUUCCGGGCACACCCCCCGUUUCCCACCUCCCUUUAAACCCCGUCCUGUAUCUUGCUACAGCCAUCGACUCCAUAGCUCCUCUCUUACGUAUUCGUUCUCAGAAAGGUGCCGCAGGAGGUGGAGCUUCUCUUCAAAUUCCGGUCCCGUUGGGUGUCAGACAAAGAAGAAGACAAGCAAUCAAAUGGAUAUUAGAUUCAGCCAGUAAGAAACAAUCUAGGGGUAGUGGACGAGGCAUGUUUGCACAGAAGUUCGCCGAGGAGAUUAUCAGUGUGGUAGAGGGCAAGAGUUCGAUUUGGGAGAAGAGGAAUUUGGUACAUAAGACUGGUACAAGCGCAAGAGCAAAUUUGACCUUUUAUGCUAGGAGGAGAAGAUAAAUGGUUACAAAAUUGGGCACGGCAAUGGAUAUGGAUAUGGGAAUGGGCAUGUUUCGUGCGGUGGGGUUGUAAAUUAUUGUAUUAUGACAUCAAGAGAAUUGGUACUUGGUACUUGGAUGCAUAUGAGCUCAAAAAUCUAUCCAUACAUAUAUAUUGCUCUUGUUAUCUUUUGGAUUGCUCGCUUGCUUGCUGACUCCCCUCGCACCUUUUUCCCACUUCCCGCUCUGCAGAACAUG